CCUUUCACAAUCCAAUGUUUCCACAAGAAAACUGCUACUGGACACGUACAGCAACUCAUUCUCUUAUCUUUGACAUUUCGAAAUAAAAAAGUCAGCUGCAGAGGUCCAAUUGGAAACAGGGGGCUGUGAAGAAAGCAUGCAUCUAUGUACACCCAUGGCCAGUCCAUGAUACUGUGUUUCAGGGUACAUACGUGUACAUACUUUUUCACAGGCUCUGUUUUCCUGGUGAUCUUCCAGAUCUGCAAUACUAUCUUCCAAGUUCAAGAACCCAUGAAACCUACCCAGAGCACUGCUACGUAUACAGUAGACACAACAGUAGUACAGCACUACAUGUAGCAACUCUAAUAUAAACAAAGCCAAGCAGCGCUUCAACCUUGAAAAUUGCACAAAAAAAUCUGUCAGAAGAGAAAAAAAAAACAAUUUGCAAUUUUUCAGGCCCAGCAAAUCCAGACUGAAAUUAAUCGUUAUGUACAUAUUAGUAUUAGUAAGUAGUUCGUGUUUACAUUUGGAAACUAUUUUUGUAGUUUACCAGAUCAUAAAGACAUAAAAUUAUGCUUUAAGCGACUUAGAGAACCAUUAGGCUUAUAGAGACUACCUCUACAAAAUUACAUUGCUUAGAGAAACGUAAAAUUAUACGUUUAAUGUUAACAGUGGCUCGUGUCUUAGCCUGGGGGUUACACUAUGGAACGACUUUCUUGAAAGUCGCGGCAUUUUGAGCCAUGCACCAAAACUACGGGCGCUGCAAAGUGCAAACUCUUCUCUUGUCCGUUAGACCAUGUUGAUUUGAUUAUAUGGAAUUGAUGCGCGCACGAAUGCAAUCCCCGCGCGCAAUCAAACCAACGUGGCCGUGUAACAGACGACUAGUGUUCUAAAUUAUUUCACUAAAGGUAAUUCUGAAUCUUUGUAAAGACGUGUUUAACUGACUUGUUAGAAAAUCCAGUCAUUGUGGCCAUCUCCAACACGGAGCUGUACAAUGGCGCCAUAUAAUUUAGCGAAAUGAAGUAGAAUUGCAACUUAAGGUGACAAAGUCCUGGAUGAUUGAUCCAAUAAGAUAUCAGCGUAGACCAAUAUUUCCUUUGUGAGAGUAUGACCUUAAGUAGGCUGUAUGUACCACCUGAGCUGAGUAUUGUCAAUAUGAUUGGCUACUGAAUGGCCAGUAGGCCAGUCCAAGAUGAGAAUUAAACUAUUCUCCAUCCAACUCAAAGAAAAUAUGACUCACCGGAAUUUUCGCUCCCUCAGCUUUCACACCCAGGUACUGUUGUCAAAUAUUUCCUUUGAGUUGGGGAAUAUUCUAAAUCUCAUCAUGUAUAUGCAUAGAUACCGGUGGUACCGCCUCGGAUGGAUAUUAACGCCAAUGGGUUCAUCCGUUUGAUUACUUAUUGAUUUCUAAUAUCUAUUCAGGUUUUCAUAUUCAUUUUCACAUUUCCUCUAGCCAAUCAGCAUUCAAUAUAUGAUUAACAUACCGAUAAAUUUAUUGUUGCUAUGUGUUGAUUGGCCGGCGUAACAAGCAUGUUGAAUUCAAGCUGCAUCAUUUAUCUUACUCGCUGUUAGCGGUCGCACGUCAAAAGUCAACAUAAUGUGUAGACUGUGGUGUCCUGAUUUUCUCAUCCGCUAUGUGGAGCCAAGGACAUGCAGAGAAAAGUCCUUGUUGGUGGGUACUCUCCAAGCAGAGGUUAGGCUAUUUUUAGGCGUUCUAUAGGAGUUGCUAUUUUGUACCGUUUUCUUAAUGAAGAAUGACUGGAAGAUGUAUAAUGAAAAGGCACAAAAUAGAAAGUCCGAUAAAUAAAAACACCUAAAACAUGUCAAAAACAGGUCUCUCAGGUCUCACGGCCCGUAACCUCAGUGGUCGUAGGGGCUCCCCGACAUGCAGUAGCAGUGAUCCGUGCACAUCUCGCUCUGUCCUCUGCCCCUCUGAUGAGCUGUUCAGUGCUUAGGCCAGUCCAUGUCUAAGUCUAUGUCAUUCAUGCUUGGAGAGUAGUUGGUGAGAGUUUGGAGUGCUGGAUUGCUCUCUAUUCUUAGAGGAGUCAAAGUUUUAUGAAUAGAAUAUAUGCAAUUGUGAUGACUUUAAUUGGAAUCGACAAUGUAUCAACAGAUUUAAGUGGAACGAGGUGUUGUAACUGAUGUCACAUGUUGCUGACAAUAGAAUGAUGUCACAUUCAAAACAAUUCUUACACAUAAUUGGUUGAAGAAAUUCUGAAUUAGUCUGUAUAUCUAAGAUGUAAAAUAAAUGUACAAAUAACACAUGAUUCUGCUGUAAUUUCUAGACGUGGACAUGCGUGAACACACUGCAUGACUAAACGUGUGUAUCAAAUCAAAUUUGCCAGGGGUAUGUGUUUCCUGUAGGUCAAAGUGCACAAGGUGAGUGACUUAUAAGCCUCACAAACAGACGUCGUUCAGAGUCACAAAUGCGAGACAACACUAUAUUUCUGGUAACUCCGGAUCCUCCCACCUAACACAAUGGUACUCAUCAUCCGAUACGGAACCCAGCUUUUCGGAAAGUCCGACCAUUUCACGGUUGAUGGACAGGAAGCCUUCGUUCAAACCAAAUUCUACCACGUCGGGUACAUGCCUUGUGCGCCGGAAGAAAGCUACUUGUUCUUGAAAGACGGGGCCACCAUCCAGCUCCCUGAGAUAGCAGGAGCGACCAUUCUCUGGGCGUGGUUACGCUAUAUUCUUACUCUGCUGUUUGGCCUUGCUCUGUGUGGAUGUAUCAUCACCUUCAUCGUGAUGACAACAAAGGAUGUGCUGCCCUGGGUGUGUUUGGGUCUGUGCAUUUUCUUCUUCAUUGUGCUCAUUGCUUCGUACGUGUACAAACCAAAAGCCAGCGAGGCGAACAAACAGAAAUACUUGCAGAUACUGGGCCACGUGCAGCACAGUAAGAUACCGGUACAGGCGUCUGAGGCUGACCCCCUGUUGGCUCCAAACGUCUGAAUGAUAAAUAACAAACGUCAAAAAACGUCCAUGCGCAGUUCAUUCGCCGGGAAGCAAUCAAAUCAUUCGCGGACAAAGUGACAAGUUGAACGUUAGGUUUGUAGUGACUACGCCAUCGGCUGGUAUGAGGAGGAUGAUCUGGAUUACACGUAUAUAUUAAAGACAAUUUAAUCACAUACUGAGACCACAUACAUUACAUGCCUGUUAUUUCGCUUGUGUUCGAUAUCUGAGCGGGUACUAAGAACACUGUUUCUCCUCCCGAAAAAAGAGAAAGGUUGAGAAUAAAUUUAAUUUAUCAUGAAUGAACAAAUU